GCAAACAACUAGCUCGUACACUUCUCUUUUCAUAUGAAACGAAUCCUUGAAUAAAAUAGCCUUUUUUAAAGUCAGCUUGUGAAAUGGAUAUCUUUUAUAAACAGCCAGUGCACGCUUAAAUGAAGAAAGAAAUUCAGAUCGGCUCAAUGAACAUGACGUCACGUCGAUGCCGCGAUGCUUGGCUCGCGAGCACAAAACAAACAGCUCCUGUCUCCGCCCACAUUAAAAACUAUUAUAUUUGCUAUAACACGUCUGAGGGAGUGGGACAUGAAACAUACAGAUUUUUUUGUUGAAAAAUAGCAAUGUAUUAGACGCCUGAAUCGUUUAAACGGGCCUUUUUAUUCAGAUAUCCGUGCGCGUGACUCCAAUCACAGAGAAAGUGUGCCGUGCUAACUCUUGUUAGCCGCUUUAUUCAUGUAACUUAUUAUUUUUCACAUCGGAGAGGCGGGGAAUCCAAAGCCUAAGCCGUCAAAAAACGAGACUUGGAUGCAUUCAAUAAACACCACCGUUUCAUUUCAUAGCCGUCUUAACUCGGGAUUCAAACCUUUUGGAGACAACAGCAAGAAGCCAUCGAGAAAUUACAUGGAUUAUCUGUGCUUCAGGACGUUGUGCUGUAAAGGACCUCCUCCUCCCAGGCCAGAGUAUGACGUGGUUUGCAUAGGUCUGACAGGCUCUGGGAAGACCAGUCUGCUCUCCAGACUUUGCAGUGAGGCAACGGACAACAUUGUUCCUACAACAGGUUUUAGCAUUAAAGCCGUGCCAUUCCAGAACGCCAUUUUAAACGUGAAGGAACUCGGAGGAGCAGACUCAAUUAAGAAGUACUGGAGUCGGUAUUACCAGGGUUCACAAGGAGUGGUUUUCAUGUUGGACAGCGCUUCAUCCGAGGAGGAUAUGGAGGUGGCGCGUACGGAGCUUCACUCAGCCCUGCAGCAUCCUCAGCUCUGCACGCUUCCGUUCCUCAUACUGGCCAACCACCAGGACAAACCUGCCGCCCGCUCUGUACACGAGAUAAAGAAAUAUUUUGAGCUGGAGCCACUGGCACGAGGUAAGAGCUGGAUACUGGAGGGCAGCACGGUGGAGAACAUGGACGCAGUAAAGGAAAGCUUCAUUCAGCUCAUUCAUCUGCUGGAGGACAAGGACCAGGAGACGGGCAGGAUAUGACACAGGGAAAACAUUAUCCCAUUAUCCCGUCAGACACUACAGAUCGCCACCGCACCACUGGCCAGUACAGCCCAGUUUAGCAUGGCCGUUGUGUAACCUACAUUGUUACCCUAACUGUUACUGUGGUGUAACAAAUUCAGCCAUGAAAAAAUGGACUUUGCGACUACUAUCCUUAUCUGUAAGGAUGCAUAUCUGCGAAGAAAGAAGGGCACCUCGACUGAAAAGUUUGAUACCUUCUCUCAGACCACACACGUAUUACCCGAGAACAAGAAUUCAACACUUAUGUCAGUAAAUAUGGUUAUCUAUCUUCUCUUUAAUACAGAUGUAGUUGCACAUUGCUACUAAAUAGAUAAUGUAAUCAUGCUUGGUCACGUAGGGCAACUGGAAGUCAUGUUUUCAUAGUGCGUAGAUUGUUCUUGUGUGUUUGUGAAUGUAUGAAUGAGUGUUUGCAAGUCAGUUUGUACUUAAAAGCCUUAAGGUGCGUGCUAAUGUAUUUUUAAAGCGUCUUUCGAUGUUAUUAAAAUAGGCAGUCUUAAUUAUCUGUCGCUGUGAUGUAAAAAGUUAUGAAUGAUUGAAAAUCAUGUAAUAAUAAACUUUCUUCUCCUUUCAUGUAAUCCCAAAACUGCAUGGAGCUGUACUCGAUGUACAAGCGGAUGCUCUGUUUCAAAAUUUUGUGAGCUGCCUGCCCGGGUAACAUUUCAAGGUAUUGUAGCUGCACGUCAGACACAGAGAAUAAACCCUGGCACAUUUUGGUUAUGAUGAGAGCAAUGCCAUGCAUUGCAAUGGGCACAGUGAUGGCGGAUGAAGCAAGAGAAAUGUUAAUGCGCAGUACUUAAAAAAAAUAAGUAAACUCAUUCUACCUCAAGCAAAGUGCUUAUAAGAGCACUGCAUUAUUUUUGCAUUGUUUGUGGGUGACUUCUGUCUUAAGCAGUUUAGAGUUUCUGUCUACGUAGAGCUUUCCAAAUCAGUCCCUUUUACGAGGUUCAUUUCCAGUUAGGAUACUGCCGUACAAGGUCGCUGCAGUAGGCCGAGAAGCGACUCGCUAAAUUUUGCAACAGAGCUGAUGUGACUCAUAAAUGCACAUUUAUGUAGAUUUAUUUUUAGUGUUAUUUUAAAGCAGAUCAUAUCAAGGAUUACACUCUUUUAUUACUUUACCAAUGAAAAUAUAAUAAUGGUCUUUUCACCAAAUACACCAAAACUAUUCUCAUUUUGAUGACUGUCUCAAAGUUUUUGUUUUUAUAUGCAUGUGUUUACCAUGUAUCAAAAAGUGGGCUCCUCUUUAUUAUUUAAACAUUUUCUACACCUUAGAGACAUGCAAAGAGGAAGCAAUGCAAGGGCGAUACAUGUGCCACUGCUAGAAGUGCAUUCUUUUAAACAUUUACCAACAUCGUAUGUUUUAUUUAUAUCUGGAAAAACUUUAUACCCUCCGAACCAAUUCAGCUGCCCUUUUGUAAUUCAAACAUUUGUAGAUUUGUUACAGAUUAAUCUUGUUCUAUAGGACACAUGCCUAUCUUUAUACCAGGAAAAGAGUCUGUACCAUGCAGUUUGAUCAAGUGGUGGUGUCAAGUCGUUCAUAUGUUUGACAGUGUUCGUAUGUAUUUAUGCAUAAUUUCCACUGAGCAAUAUGAGAAAUAAAGGAUGAAGAGGGCCGUGUGUGUUGUCUUUUAUGAGUUAAAUGCAGGGCUGGAAAUGGCAGAAAUUCACUGGGAGGACAUAAACACUUUAAAUAAUUUAAUACAUUUGUCCUCAGAUUAAAAAAAAUAUUAAUGUGAAAAUUUUGAUAUUUAGUUGAUGAAUAUUUUAAAU